AUAUGACUUAUAGGCGCAUGUAAAAUCACUAUACAUUGACUGCUUGCCAUAAGGUAACUAUUUUGGAAACUUUCUGGUAUAAGCUGGGAAUGUGUUUGUUUAUAGUAUCAGGUAACUGAUAGAUGCAUGCCAACACGUUCUCAGUGCGCUCCUGCAUGGUAUCAACUACCAGGAAAUAGAUACUGCACCCAUACAAUAAUACUGAAUAGCAUGCUGUCUAAGAACAGCCAAACCACUAUAAUUAUUAACAACAUGGAUAAAAUAUACAGUGAAAGAGACUGCUGGAAACUUAUUGAAAGUGAGCUCUUUGAUGAGCUUGAACAUAAGCUCAGAAGCAACCCACAGCCAAAAUGGUUUGAACUAUCUCUGUUGAAUACCAUUCUGCGAACAAAGUCUGGAGACAUUAAAGGGUGUAUUUUCACUAAUGGCUGGCCAGAAUUUACAGUCAUCCUCUUCCUCAUUGACACCCCAUUUUUGGGGCUUACUCCACAAUGCGUACAGAGAAUAGUGCAGUGCUGUGUGUAUUCAAAUGACAGCAGCCUCACACAAAUGUUGGGUGGGCUGAUUGGAAGCCAAAAAGGACAUUCUUGGAUAAUUGUUGACAGAGCGCAAGCAGAAGACAUACAGAAGGAUUUGCAGAUAGUACUUAAAAGAAAGGAAUGCACUGUUCAAUUAGCCUUGGACCGUGACAACCAUGCCUACUAUCAAGCUACUACGUGUGUACACACAAUGGGACUAUAUGUUUGCCCUGAUGGCUAUGUGCUGAAGAAGCUAGGCGAACAUCAUGCAGAGGAGAUUGCUACAACAUGGAAAACUUGUUCAGUUACACCUGAGAGGAAAAUAUGUUUUUUUACAAAACUUAUUAAGCACUACCACAGUGUUGGUUUAUUCACUAAGUCAGAGACAGGAGAAGUGAGUGGAUCACCAAUCGGUUGGUGUCUGCAAUAUCAUGAUGGAAAUCUAGGACAUUUAUUUGUUCAAAAGAACCAUAGAAGGAAAGGAUUAGCCACACUCCUAGUACAAUACAUGUGCAAACGAAUUGUAGACGAUGGGGAAAUACCCAUUGCUUUUGUUAAAAAAGACAAUCAAUGUGCUGCAUCACUUUUUGUUAGUCUGGGUUUUGUUAAAUCAGGUGAAUGUAUUCCAUUGAUUUGUUGCAGCUAGAUCUUUUGUUUAUACGUGUAAGUAAUAAUACUAUGAAUAUUGCUAUC